AUGAAUAAGGUGAUCUCAGGUUACUUCGACAGCGCACAUCGGGGGCUGCAGCGACAACAGCAGGGCGAACGAAUCUCUGCUUCUGGGUCAGCAGUGCAGCUACCUCCACUGCGCGAUGAGUCGCAUGAGCUCUCGAAGGAGGGCUCCAAGAGCUUUGGCUCCCUGGUGGAAUUCACCUCAGAGCAGGCUCAGAUGGGUGUUCAAUACGACAAGUACCAGCAGGUGCUGCAGGACAAUGCCAAUCUGAUGAAGAAACUGAGGAUGAAUCAGGAGCAGCUGGCCAUCACCUCGGCGAAAAAGGAAGCUUUCCGAGCGCAGGCCCAGCGCUUGGAGAAGGAGUUCAAAAAGGGGCGCGAUCAAUCCGAGGCCUUGCAGAAGGACCUUUUGGAGGCGAUGCUCUCAGCUUUGAAGGCCGUCUUCAAGCCCGCUGAGCGGCCGGAGAACCUCACCACCAAGAAGAACGUGAAGCUGCAAGAUGUGAAAGCCGAGGACUACCCCACACCCGACAAAUACCUGGAAGGUGCUGAGAUCCCAACCUUCUACCAGUUUCAGAGCAACAUGGUGGCGGAUGAGGAUCUGAAAGCGGGUAUGGCCAGCGGCUUGGAGGUGGACAAACGCCUGACGUUGCCCACGCGUACCCACAUCCGCUUCCUGGUGACCGGGCAGGACGUGAUCCAUUCCUGGUCCGUGCCAUCUCUGGGCAUCAAGACCGAUGCCACCCCUGGGCGUAUCAACCGUGCGCCCGGCGCAGGUGGCAAGGUGGAUGAUGGCUUCACACCGCCAGAAACUUGA